CUCCCAAGCUGGUCAACUCGAGAACUUGCAGCUAUCUACCUUUGUUGUUUUCAUCAGAACACAAUCGAUUUUGCACCUGGAUCCAUAAAUCAAGCCAUGGCAAUCUGUCUUACGUUCGGAACGCAGGAAUUUACCUCGAUGCUCGAGGAGUAUCGAGACGUCAGAGCAUAUUGCUAUAACUGCCAACACUGGAACGGCAUUUGCGUUAGCAGAUGGCCCUGGUUUACUGUUUGCUUUGUUCCUGUGCUCCCAUUGUCGAUCCACAAAUACCGAGAAGUCACAUGCCAGACCUGCCGGUUCACUCAGGACCUGAGAGAUCGCCCUGAUAUCACACCAAGUACGAGGCCACCCCCGGGAUAUGUAUCUGGAAUUGCUCCCCAGCCACCGCCCCAGGCUCAUGGUGGAUACCAACCUCCUGCACCUCCACAAGAGGGCCAAGGAGGCUAUUCCUAUAAAUGAUAAUGAUGCUUUGCUACGAUAAGUCAUGUGUUUCGGUACUAGGAUGCAGAAUACGAUUCAAAUUCUUUAAAACACUAGCUUCCAUUCAUUAAGAUAGUAAGAUCUGAUGUGAGCGAUA